CCCCCCACCCUUCAUUACACAGUGCUGCUAUUUUACAGCACUAGAAAUCCUUUUGGAUUUUUGUGGCUGACUCAGAGCUCCAGACCUUUGCUAUUGAAAGAAGAAGAAAAGGGGAGGGGAAGAGAGCUGUACAGAUUUGUUUUCAGAAACAAACAGUUGCUUGCCGAAAAGAUGAAAUGCAUUGGCUUCCUUUUCUUCUGGAUGCUGAUGAACACAAUAACAGAUGCCCGAUCAAUCCUGGAAGGAGACGAUCGAGAACCUGUGGCCAUGCCAUACUGGCCCUUCUCCUCCAGUGACUUCUGGUCCUAUGUAGAAUACUUCAGGACACUGGGAGCCUACAACAGGAUUGCUGAGCUGGCCAGGGCCUUGUUUGCACAGCUGCCCGGAGGCAGCCACCUCGGCCUCCACCUGCCUGCAAGUGAGGACUGAGCACUGCCUGCCAUCAUGCUGGGACAUCACACCAACAUGCAGCUGCUGGAGCAGCCCCUUCAGUUGCUUGCGGCCACGUGAAUGGGCCUCUGUAGUGUUAUGUGCUUUAGAAAGCCGCAGGUAAACUAGCCUUUUCUUUUUGCAAGCUGUGCUUUUGUGCAAAAUCAAUAAACUCCUUGAUCAUA